UGCCUUUGCCCUGCAUCUCUUUGCUGUGUAUGGCCUUCCAUCUCCUCUGGGCUCCAGAGACUAGCCUCUGCUCAGUUGUAUCGCUGCAGCGUUGUUACGAGAAGACCUCCCAGUCGCCUUUACAGUCAAUUGUAUCUUCCCAAUGACAAUUCACUGGUCCCAAAUCACGGCAAACAAAUACGAGAAACUCCAUAUUUAGCUGUUGGCCGAUUUGAUUGGUGUGAGUGCUGCAUGGGCAACCAAAAUGUCGUCCUUUCAGUCCGUUGGACACCCAAGUUCUGCAAUACAGGGCCAACAAAAAGAGGCUGCUCUUGGACACCCAUCCCCCUUCCAUAACCCAUCACUCAUCAACCAACUCUCCACUGUAGAUGCACGGCAGUUUGACCCAUCAUUUGCUUUCCCUUCCUUUAGUGUUACUUUAAUAACGUGCAGGCCACUUGUUAGCACAACUUGACCUUAACUGACUGUACAAAGAAGUAUCUGUUUUUUGUGGAAACCUGCAAUCUGUGUCGCUGUCAUGUAUAAACACUACCAAGAUGAAGUAAGGGUACAAAGUUGACGCAACAUCGGAGUUAGUAGGGAGCCGAGGCGGGACACUGCCUGUGUGAAAGGGUUACAUUACAAAAUGCACCGCCAUGACUGAUUAAAAAACAUGAUGGACGCACCCAUAAAAACGCCUACUGGUGAUGCUCUAAACCCUACAAUAUGCCUCUCACAAUUAUUAAACUCAUUUUAAAUUCAGUUUUACACACUAAAAGACAAUUACAGCCAUAUGGUGUACAGCAUUAUACAGUCGUCCCUCGCCAUGGUUCGAACAUUGUUCCCACACUCUCGUGGUUUUUCACAAAUUAAUAAAUGACCACUGUUGUCGUGGUCGACUACGGCCUAUUAGUAAAAAAAUAUGUAUGUUAAGCAAAUUUUAAAUGCCUAAAUUAAGCAUUUUCAAGCAUAAAAAUGACCAAAUGAACUAAAAUACUAAUCAAAUUUAAAGGGUUAAAGUACGGUAAGUCUACACGGGCCACUAGGUGUCAUUAGUAACAAGCACCAGACUUGAUUGCUGUCAAAAAAUUGCAGGUUUGAAUUGUCUCACAACAGGUACAAUAAUAAUGGCUACUGUUGUGGCCAUACUCCAGCUAAAAUUCAACUCUUGAUUCAGUAACUGACAGUACUUCCUGUCUACACAUCCGGAAGACAUUUAUGAAAACACAUUAUGUCUUAAAUGGCAAUUUUUCUGAUUAUGUCUACUAUAUUAGGUCAUUUGAGUGUAAAGGUGACUAUAGGGAUGUUAUUCUAUUUCUAGAGGGCUCUAAUAUUAAAAACUAUAUGUAGAAGGUUAUAAACGGGUUUUCUAUGCUAUUAACUACCAAAUAUUUGAUUUAUAUAUCAAGAAUCCUACUUUGCGGAAGUAUAUCACGGUGGGGUCUGGAACCAAUUAACCGCGAUAAAUAAGGGAUUACAGUACUUAAACAUUUACAAAUCAUGUUGUCUUUCUAUUUAAGUUACCAUUCAUAAAAGUAAUUAUUUACUAUUUAAGACAAGGAAAAGAAACCCACAAAUAUGUUGGGGAGCGAAAUGCAAGUAGGCUGCAAUUGUAUUUCGUAAUGAUAGGACAGAGUUUCAUGUGCCUAAAUGUCAUACAUAUUUUGGGCCCUUAUUUAUUUGAACCACUCUUUUUGCAGGGUGUAAUUUUUGUGCAAUGUACAUCUUCCAGUUCAAAUGUAUUUUGGAUUUCUUCUCACCUACAUAAGGUGGAAAUAGACAAAGGCCAAACCCCCUGAACUUCUCCUUCACCAUCAUGAUUGACUGUAGCUGCAAGUUUUUUUCUCUGUAGCAGCAGAAGAUCAAAGAAGGGGAAUUUGUGGAAGCGCACAGUAGCAGCAAUAUCCCGCCUUUGAUGAGCACUGUGUAAAAGUCUCAAGCGAAAAAGCGCUGUACAUGUAUAUAUUUAUAUUGUAUUUAUAUUGUGUGCAAGAGGCUCCUCCUAAAAAGCCACUUAUUGCAAGUGAUGCAAGGUAUAAUUUUUGUUCGGUGUCCUUGUGUUUUAUGCGUUGGCAUUCUGGAGGAUUUUUAUUGAACUGUGGAAGCUGGGUAAUCGCUGUUACAGAAAGAUGGGUUUAUAUUCCGGUGAAGCUUGGAUGUCAUGACUACACAGCCUCAACAUGUGUUGUCAGAUAGUUUAAAAUGCUACAUGCUCCUCUCCAACAGCAUAGCCAAGUCCAAUCUACAAUGUCAAACAUGGAAAGAGGCUCCUCUGAACCCCCGGUGGCUCGCAACGCGGGUCCGUCAACCUCCACCGCUCCUAUGUCUAUUCCCCGCUCCUCCUCGGUCUCUUGCCGCCCCCAGCCAGGGAGUAAAAAACACAAGCGGACUCCCUUGUACCAGAGAUCAAUGAGUUUUGACCCAGGCAUGCUCCACAACAACGGGCACACUGCCUACGCUAACGGCUCAGGGCCCGGCAUUAGAGAGACAGGCGUGAUCGAGAAGCUCCUGACCUCCUACGGUUUCAUCCAGUGCUCCGAACGCCAGGCUCGUCUUUUUUUCCACUGCUCCCAAUACAAUGGCAACCUGCAGGACCUCAAAAUUGGAGAUGAUGUUGAGUUUGAGGUGUCCUCUGACAGGCGCACUGGCAAGCCCAUAGCAGUGAAGCUGCUUAAAAUUAAGCCAGAAGUGCUGCCAGAGGAGCGCAUUUCGGGCCAGGUGGGGCCAGACCUGCACGCCUAUCCCUUUACUGUGCUGCAUGGUUAUAUUCAUCCAGUUGUCUCAUCAAUUCCUGGUCAUUUGGAUGGGAAGUCUGCACCUGGCCAGGUUCCCACUGGAAGUGUUUGCUAUGAAAGAAAUGGGGAAGUGUUCUACCUGACCUACACUGCCGACGAUGUGGAGGGCAAUAUCCACCUGGACACUGGUGACAAAGUUGGCUUUUAUAUGGAGACUAACAAGCAUACUGGUGCAGUCAGUGCUCGUAACAUUCAGCUCGUGACAAAAAAGCAAAUGAGGUGCCAGGGUGUGGUGUGCGCUACCAAGGAAGCUUUUGGAUUCAUUGAAAGGGCUGAUGUGGUGAAGGAGAUCUUUUUUCACUACAGUGAGUUUAAGGGUGAUCUUGAGGCCCUACAGGCAGGAGAUGAUGUUGAGUUCACCAUCAAAGAUAGAAAUGGUAAAGAGGUUGCUACAGAAGUGAUACUUCUUCCCCAAGGAACUGUCAUCUUUGAGGAUAUUAGCAUUGAACACUUUGAAGGCACAGUCAUCAAGGUGAUCCCCAAGGUUCCCUCCAAAAACCAGAAUGACCCCCUGCCAGGUCGCAUCAGUGCUCGAAUCGAUUUUAGCGACAAAGAGCUGCCGUUUGGCGAAAAGGAUACAAAGUCCAAGGUGACUCUUUUGGAGGGAGACCACGUACAGUUCAACAUCUCCACUGACCGGAGAGACAAGCUGGAGAGGGCCACCAACAUCGACAUCCUCCCGGAUUCCUUCGGCAUCACUAAAGAGACUCGUGAAAUGGGUGUGAUUGCUGCUAUCCGUGACGGCUUUGGCUUCAUUAAAUGUGUGGAUCGGGAUGCUCGGAUGUUCUUCCACUUCAGUGAGGUCCUGGAGGAGAGCCAGCUGCACAUCUCUGAUGAAGUGGAGUUCACUGUCGUGCCUGAUAUGCUCUCAGCUCAGAGGAACCAUGCAGUACGCAUCAAGAAGCUGCCUAAGGGCACAGUGUCUUUUCAUACCCAGUCUGAGCAGCGCUUUAUGGGUGUGGUGCAGAGGGAAGUCGGGGCAGCCAGUGCCAAAAAUGCCAGUCCCAGCAAGAACAAAGAGAAGAGUUUGCCUCUGCUGCAGGAAGCUGAGGAAGGAGUGAUUGCGUAUGAAGACUGUGGUGUGAAGCUGACCGUGCCAUACCAUGUAAAGGACCUGGAGGGAGGAUAUCGCCCACAAGUUGGAGACAAGGUGGAGUUCUCCAUCAACGAAGUGAAAAGAAGCGGCCAGCAGAGUGCAGUUUCCAUCAGGGUCAUGAACCGCAAUGCCUCCAACACCAAGCGGUUGCAGGGUUUCAUAGCCACUCUGAAGGAUAACUUUGGCUUCAUUGAGACAGCCAAUCAUGACCAGGAGAUCUUCUUUCACUACAGUGAAAUGAGUGGAGACUUGGAUAGUCUUGAACUGGGCGACACAGUGGAGUAUUCGCUCUCAAAGGGAAAAGGAAAUAAAGUCAGUGCUGAAAAAGUCGACAAAGUUGCUGCCGUGAAUGGCAUUGGUGAAGAUGUUAGUACAACAGUGAUGACUGGGAAAGUCAUCCGUCCAAUACGCAGUGUGGACCCCUCUCAAACAGAGUACCAAGGACUUAUUGAAGUCUUAGAAGAAGGUGGAGUUAAAGGCCAGACCUAUCCCUUUGGAAUCAUGGGUAUGGUGAAUAAGGCCGACUGUCUGCAGAAAGGAGAACAGGUGAAGUUCCAGGUUUGCACAAUAUCCCAGACUGGACAGAAGAUGGCCUGCAAUGUGGUCCCACAACGUCGAGCCUUGGUGGAGUGUGUCAAAGACCAGUUUGGGUUCAUCACGUACGAAGUGGGUGAAAGCAAGAAGCUUUUCUUCCACGUCAAAGAAGUGCAAGAUGGCCUGGAGCUCCAGACCGGAGAUGAGGUGGAAUUUUCUGUUGUCUUCAAUCAACGCACAGGAAAAUGUAGUGCCUGCAACGUGCGCAGAGUGAGUGAGGGGCCAAAACCCGUGGUGACUCCGCGUCCAGACCGUUUGGUCAACAGAUUGAAGAGCAUCACUCUGGACGAUGCCAGUGCCCCACGUCUUGUCAUUGUUAGACAGCCCCGUGGUCCAGACAAUUCAAAGGGCUUCAAUGUGGAGCGCAAGACUCGCCAGCCUGGUGUCAUUGACUGAGCAAUACAGUUUGGUGCUCGUGGGGGAGUGAUUGAGUGAAACCCCAAAUGUCACAUGACUCUUAAAACCACACAUGCAGCAAAUUUGCUCCAUUUAAAUCUUUGUCACCAUCCAUAAAUGUGGGCUAACCCUCCACCCCCUGUUGUGUAUGAUGUUCUUGAUGCGUGCACGUGAGAUCUCUUGAGCGUGUGCAUGUGUGUUGUCACCCAGCUGUGUUUGAGGUGGGGAAGUGGGCUCAUCCCUCUAAAUGAGACUGUGGCUGUCUGUAUCCCAACCUUUUUUUUUCUUUCUUUCUUGCUUAGUUUGGAAUUCUGCACCUGUAAAUGUGUCCCCGACUGGAUGUUGACAGUGUUGGCUUGCAUGUCUUUAUAAGUGUCUUUUUCCAUGAUAUCUCCUUUUGCUUCUUUCUGCCCACACGAACACUUGAAAACGGUUUAACGGUGAGGUUUCUGCUACUGUAUGCUUUCCUACAAAAUGCAUAAAGCAAAGUUCCCUCCAUAAGGAGGAUCAUAUUUCUCAUACGUGCAAGCUUCAACCGAUUUCUUGUUCUUCUGCUCAUUUUUUUGAGCAGUUUUGAAAAUGCUUUACUUAACAGCAUUUUGAAAGCAUGGUCUGUGUGUGUGUGUGUGUGUGUGUGUGUGUGUGUGUGUGUGUGUGUGUGUGUGUCAGGAAUUUACUUUUA